CUUCCGAAUUUCAUUUCUGUCCAUUGAAUCUUGUCCUUUAUUUCAUUUAUUUUCCCUUAUACCAAAUAGUUAGUUGAUUAAAUCUAUUAUCAUGGCAAGCACACCUAGCAUUCCAUCUCACAUGAAAGCUUGGACCUACUCUGAAUAUGGUAACAUUGAAGACAUUCUCAAGUUUGAUCCUAAUGUCCCUGUACCAGAACUCAAUGAUGAUCAGGUUCUCAUUAAGGUUGUGGCUGCAGCUCUUAACCCUGUUGAUUAUAAGAGGGCCCUUGGAAAUUUCAAGAACUCCGACUCUCCUUUGCCGACUUCCCCUGGCUAUGACGUUGCGGGUGUGGUAGUGAAAGUGGGAAGCAAAGUGAAGAAGUUCAAAGUUGGAGAUGAAGUGUAUGGCGACAUCAAUGAGAAUGCAUUGAAGAACCCAAAGGCCAUAGGGUCACUAGCAGAGUAUACUGCAGCUGAAGAGAAAGUGUUGGCUCACAAACCCUUCAAUUUGACCUUUGUUGAAGCCUCUAGCCUCCCUUUGGCAAUCAUCACUGCCUACCAAGGACUUGAAAGAGCUUCUCUUUCUUCCCAAAAAUCUAUCCUUGUUCUUGGAGGUGCUGGUGGAGUUGGAACUCAUGUUGUUCAGCUUAGCAAGCAUGUGUUUGGAGCAUCAAAGAUAGCAGCCACAGCCAGCAGUGGCAAAUUGGAACUGUUGAGAAAUUUGGGAGCAGACUUGCUUAUUGACUAUACCAAGGUCAAUUUUGAAGAUCUUCCAGAAAAGUUUGAUGUAGUGUUCGAUGCAGUUGGUCAAAAUGAGAGGGCAUUGAAAGCUAUCAAAGAAGGGGGUAAAGUUGUGACAAUAGUAGAACCUGAAAUUCCUCCUGCUAUUUGGUACUUACUCAAUUCAGAAGGUGUUGUGUUGGAGAAAUUAAAACCUUACUUGGAGAGUGGGAAGAUCAAGCCAAUAGUGGAUCCUAAAAGUCCUUUUCCAUUUUCUAAUGUCGUUGAAGCAUUUGCCUACUUGAAGACUCAUAGAGCCACCGGCAAAAUAGUCAUACACCCCAUCCCAUGAACAUAAAUUGAUUAUUUAUAUAUUAAGAUAUCCAUGUCUCUGUGUUCUUAGUUAGUUUCCGUUGUUUUGUUGUGGCUAUAUAAUAAAAAGGAAAAGAGUGUGGGUUCCUGAAGCUCCUUUUACUAA